AUGAAGGAAUCCAUGCAAUAUUUGAAACUGAAAACUUUCCAAAGUAAAGAAGAUAUAAAACCAUGGUUAUCUGAAUAUAUGAUAAAGAAUAAUAACACUAAAAUAGUUAUUGAACGAUCCGAUAAACAAAAGAUCAUUUUUAAAUGUAAAAAAGGUAGACAAAAACAGAUUCCCUAUGGUAAAACCAGAAGACAAAUUACUUGUCCGUUCAAGAUAAGGGCUAAUUUUAGUAAUAGGGCACAAUUAUGGAAUCUCCUGGUGAUAAAUGAAAAUCAUAAUCAUGAUAGUAUUGAUAAUAUUGAUAGUACGGAAACAGGAACGGAGACGGAUAAUCCUACCGAUAUUACGGAUCUUACUGAUAACCCAACCGACGAUGAAUUACAAACAGAUCAUACUAAUGUAAGUCAUCCAGAUUUGUCCAUAAAUGAAAUGAAAAAACGUGCUGGUCAUGUUAAAAAUAAAGAAUCUGUGGAAGAUAAAGAUGAAUUACUAAUAGAUUAUCAUGAUGUUAUAGAUGUAGAUAAAGUUAAAAAGGCUCUACAAGUAUUUGAUUUGACAACUAAUGAUAAUGAUGAAUUAUCCAAUGCUAUUAUUUAUAAGUUUCAGAAGUUUCUUAGAGUAGAAUUGAAUGAUAAAAUCAAUGAUUCUUUGAAAAUGGAUAUUGUGAAAAGAAUUAUCCAUGAAUCAAUAUCUACUUAUAAACAGAUUGAAAAGCUGGAAGCCCAGAAUCAAAUGGAUGAAAAACUAUGGUUUCCUUCAAAUUAUAAUAAUAAUUAUUCCAAUGGGUUCAAUAAUGGCUAUAACAAUAAUAUGGUGAAUUAUAAUAAUAGUUAUAAUAACAGUUAUAAUAAUAAUUAUUCAUCAAUACCAUUAUCACCAUUAUUGAAUGAUGAUAUAGAGUCAAACACUAAUCAAUUAGAUAUCACAUUACCUGGGAUCAAUACCAAUCUAUUAACUCCCAAUAAGAAAUUCAAAGAUAUCAAUCUUUUGAAUGGAUUUGUAUUUCCUAAUCAACUCAUGAAUACUAAUUCAGUGAGUCAAGUGAGUCAAAACCAACAAUCUCAUCAUCAAUUACCUCCAUUUAACUCCAUCCAAAAUAAUCUCCCUUUGUCUCCAAAUUCAUCGUCAAUCUUACCCAAUCCUGCCAAUAAUUCAACGACAUUAAAUCCUUCAUCUUUAGAUAAGAAGAAUAUGUAUGCUAUAAAUUUACUAUUGGAUAAGCAAUUCGAUAAGCAUUUCGCUGAUAAAGAUAAGUUAAAUAAAUCCCCAAUCCCUGAUUAUAAUAGGUUAUAA